AUGAGCAAAAAAACUUUAAGCGCGUUUUAUAUCCCUCAAGACUUGCUCUCUCAACUCUCUCCUGUAGGAGAAGAUACAGAAGUUGUGCUGGAACAGCAACAAGAAGCACAAGAUGUCACUGCACAAGCACUUGAAAGACUUCAGAUCCAACAAGAACGUCUUGACAAUCAAGAAAGCGAAAAUAACUUGGGUUGUAAUACCUGCGAGAUUUCUUUUGUCGAUCGCGAUGAACAAAGACAGCACUUUGGAUCAGACUGGCAUCGUUACAAUAUUAAAAGAAAAGUAGUCUUGAACGUCAAGCCUGUCAGUUUCGAAGAAUUUGAGACUCUAUUAGCUGACUUGACUGAAAGUAUUUCUGGCUCAGAAAGCGAAACAGAUGAAGAAGAAGACAAUAGCAUUGAUUCACUUGUCUAUAAGCAAAAGCAAGUGCAAGAACUUGAGGCACAAUUAGCUAAUGAUGCUAAACAAAUCGUAUCACCCAUCAUGAAGAAAUACUUAGCAUUAAAUUGGUUCAAAACACCUGAAAAAGACUCGCCUCAUUACGGUAUUUAUCGCCAUUUGCUGAAUGGAAAAACGCUUGCUUCUCUACAACAAUCGAAUUUCAAAGGCAAGAGAUAUUGGACUAUUAUUAUGUUGGGUGGUGGACAUUUCGCAGGUUGUGUUAUUGAUGUAGGUGCAAGUAACUCACAAAUCAAAUUGGUUGCACAUCGCACUAUUCAUCGGUAUACAACGCGUCGUAAACAAGGUGGAUCUCAAUCAACAAACGAUAAUGCAAAGGGAGCAGCCAACUCAGCAGGUGCUCAAAUUCGUCGAUACAAUGAGCAAAUGCUACAGCAAGAAGUAAGAGAAAUUAUAGGACAAUGGCGCCAGUAUAUCACUUCAAGUGAAAUGGUGGUGGUACAUGCACCUAGUGGUAAUCGCAAGCUAUUGUUCAACUAUGACGAUGCAGUACUCGAUACUGUCAAGACGAAAUCAAUUCCUUUUGCUACUAAAAGACCUACACUGAAUGAACUGAAGCGUGUGUUUACUGAAAUGACAACAGUUAAGAUAAUGCAGGUAGAUGAACAAGCCGUUCAAGACUACAAGCAGAAAUGGAUUGAAAAAGAAGAAAAAGCCAAAAGACAAUUAGAGAAAUCAACUAUGAUCAACAAAAAGACUAUAGCGCCUCAAAAGCCAACCAUUGAUCCUCAUCUAGAGAAGCUAUUGAGUUUAGUGCGACAAAAUAAGACGACAGUAACAUUGAACUAUCUGGAAAAACACAUGAAUCUGCCUGUUUCUGGCCUUUUACCUACAGAAUUAGCAGAUGUAGGUGAAGACUUAUAUCAUCAUCCUACUCUAUUACAUAUGGUUGCAAGCAUGGGCAACGCUGCUGAUUUGGUGAAAGCACUCUUAAUUGGGUAUGAUGCUGAUCCCACUAUUGUCAGUGGUGCAGGCAAAACAGCGUAUGAAGUGAGUAAGGACAAGGAGACACGCAAUGCAUUUAGACGCUGUAUAAACGAUUACCCUGAUAAAUGGGCAUGGCUAGAAGAAGCGCGUGUGCCAAGUCCCCUCACAGAGAAACAAGAACAAGAUCAAAUAGCCAAAGAGAAAAAGAAACAGGCAAAAGAGCAAGAAAAGAAGAGAUUAAUUGAGCUUGAAAGGGCCAAAUUAGAAGCUGAAAAAGAAGCAAAAGAGUCUCAGGCUCAAUUAGAGAAAACACAGAAAGCAAGAGCCAAAAAGCACAUGCUUCCCCUUGUACCAGAUAAUAUGGUUAAUACGGCGAAUAUGACACCUGAGGCACGCAUGCGUCUAGAACGGGAGAAAAGAGCAAGAGCUGCAGAAGAACGAAUGAAGCGAUUUAAAUAA